AUGUGGAAGCCAAUCCGAGUGUACGUGGUGUGGUACGGUUACUUCUCCGAGUCGCAGAAGCAGCUCGUUCGUACGCUGACAAGGUCGUUCAGUCCGAGCGACGAUCCAUCCGUUACAGUUCCCCUCUGGUGGAACAUCAACCGGCUGUACUACGAUCAACAGGGGCGUUUCAUCUCGUCGAAUGUAACGUGGGUGAAGGAGAAAGAUGACACGGGGUACUCCCGAGGGAAGUCCCUGUGGCUGGAUGACGUGGAAGCAGUGGUUUCCACGGCCAUUAAUACGAGCGAGCUGCCUUAUGACGAGGAUGGAGUGUACUUCGUGCUCUCGGACCAAUACGUGACCCAGGUUAGCGAAAUGGUGUGUUUGUGUUUAUACCCCUUCUCUUUCUUAAUCUCGUCGUGUGUGCGUCCCCUGCCUCCUGGUCUCCUCCCUUCUUUCUUUGAAGUCUCUGAAGUUGCAACCUCUCCCCGUUUCUCGCCCUCCCUCUCCUCGCCUUUCGCCCUUCUCGGCCCUCAACGCCCCUCAACGCCCCUCAACCCCUCUCCAAUGGAGCUCAACGGACAAGUUCUGCGCUACGUUCUGCGGGUGGCAUUUCUUCGGCUCCACGCCCCUUCACAACCCCCGCUCUUCCCCUCUUCCCCUCUUCCCUCCCCCUCUCUUCCCCUCAUCCCUCCCCCCUCCCCUUCCCCGCAGCAAUGGAGUUCAACGGACAAGUUCUGCGCCACGUUCUGCGGGUGGCAUUUCUUCGGCACGGCGCCCUCCCGCGGCACCUUCAUCUACUCCUGGGUCGGCCGUGCUGACCGCCUCGUACGUGCAGGUGGAGGGGGGAAGGGGAGGGAGGGGGGGGUUUGCCCCACGUCGUGCAUUGCAAGUGACAUCCGCACGGCCAGCAAGGCACCCAACAAGGAUGUGGGCAUGGAUGCGUUACUGUCGGUGUUCGCGCACGAACUGGCAGAGGCCGCCUCGUCGCCGUUCGUGGGAACGUGGUUCGAUGAGCAGGGCGAGGAGAAUGCGGACAAGUGCGCGUGGAAGUUAACCCCAUCCUCACGGGUUCCCCAGGAGGCAGAUACAACCUGGUUCAACCCCAUUCUCACCGACUCAACAGGAGGCAAGUACAACCUGGUGGGGGUCAACGGCUUUAAGUUCUUCAUUCAGCACAACUGGGAUCUCACCACUGGCACCUGCCAGCUCACCAUGCCAUACCCCCCCGCCCCUCCUCCUCCCCCCUCCCCUCCCUCCCCUCCUCCGCCUCCCUCCCCUCCUCCCUCGCCUCCCUCCCCCCCUCCACCGCCCUCUCCCCCUCCCUCACCCCCACCCCCUCCCCCACCUCCAAGCCCCCCACCUCCCUCUCCUCCUCCCCCCUCACCACCUCCUCCGUCUCCCCCUCCUCCCUCUCCACCCUCUCCCCCUCCCUCCCCUCCUCCUCCCCCCUCGCCCCCGUCGCCCCCACCUUCCCCCCCUCCCCCCCCCUCCAUCCCCUCGCAUGCGCACCCUUCGCCCUCCUCCGCGUCCCCCCAAGAGCAUGGGGGAAUACGUGCAACAGCUAUUCAAGAAACUCUGGCCGAAUCGCCCAUGGUCAAUCAAAGUUGUUCAUGA